CCCAUGUUCUCUCACAGUCCAUAACUCAAACACCUUUCCUGCAGGUUUUAAAAAACUGUAAACAUAUAUUUCAUCGGCAACUCCAAAACAUCGACCGAUUUGAUGUUAGUAAAUCUACCAUCAACUACUCCAUUUCUCCGUAGAAUUAGUAGACAUAGCGUUGUUCUUGAAAAGAAUUUCAAUACAUUGACAAAUUGCAUACCAGAAGAUGGCAAAUAUUCAGAUAUAUCAGCCUCUCACCAUUUCCGCUUUAGUUCCAACCCAAAUGCAUAUACUCUACUCCACUUAAUCCGCUCCUGUACGAAUGGUGGCGUUCUUUCACAUGGCGAACAGCUUCAUUGUCACAUUCUGAAAUCUGGGUUCCGCUCUAACAUCUUUAUCUCCACAGCCUUGAUUAACUUCUACGUGAAGCUUGAGCUUUUCCAGAAUGCCCACAGGCUGUUCGAUGAAAUUCCUGAACCAAGUGUGGUGUGUUGGAAUUCGUUGAUUUCAGGGUGUAUUCAUUCUGGGCAGUUUCGAAAAGCGUUGGAACUCUUUGUUCAGCUGGAAAAUUCCCAUCUUUCUGCAGAUUCGUAUUCGUUUACCGCUGCUUUAUCUGCUUGUGGGAAACUGAGUUUAGUGCGAGUGGGAGGGUCGUUGCAUUCGAAGAUUGUCAAAUAUGGCGUUGAGUGCAGCACUUUCGUUGCGAAUUGCUUGAUUGACAUGUACGGAAAGUGCGGUUACGUUAAGGAGGCAAUGAAGGUUUUCGAAAAUACAGUUGAGAAGGAUAUUAUUUCAUGGAAUUCUGUUCUAGCAGCAAAUGCAAGAAAUGGGAAGCUAGAACAAGCAUUUUCCAUCUUUUAUCAAAUGCCAAAUCCCGACACAGUCUCAUACAACGAACUCAUUCACGGCAUUGCGCAGUUUGGUCUCGUCGAAGACGCUAUUGCCGCAUUAUCGAUAAUGCCAAACCCAAAUUCCUCUUCUUGGAAUUCCAUAAUAUCAGGGUUUGUAAACAGAGGUAGAAGCAGAGAAGCUAUGAAAUUCUUUUAUAAAAUGCAUCGUAAUGGUGUUCGUAUGGAUGAGUUCACGUUUUCGAGUAUUUUGAGCGGCAUUGCACGUUUAUCAGCCAUCACAUGGGGGGUUCAAACACAUUGUUGUGCUUUGAAGAGUGGUUUGGACAUUUAUGUUGUUGUGGGGAGUGCUCUUAUUGACAUGUAUUCCAAAUGUGGGCAAAUAAAAGAAGCCGAAAGAUUGUUUAAUUCACUACAAGAAAAGAAUCUCGUCACAUGGAAUGCUAUGAUAUCUGGUUACGCACACAACGGCGAUUCCGAAAAAUUAAUUAAGCUCUUUGAGAAGAUGCAAAAAACGAAAGAUUUUCAACCCGACGAAAUCACUUUUCUGAAUGUUUUGUCGGCAUGUUGGCAUAGUAGAAUUCCUGUUAAAGUUGCAAAGAAGUACUUUGAAAUGAUGAUCAAUGAUUACAUGAUUGAUCCAACGGCAGAGCAUUGUUCGUUAAUCAUAAGGCUUAUGGGGAUAGAAGGUGAUGUGAAUAAGGCCAUGGAAAUGAUUAACGAAUUAGGGUUCGAUUCUUGUGGGAUGGUUUGGAAGACAUUGCUCGGUGCGUGCGUGAGUUGUGGGAAUGUGGAGGUGGCGAAAGCAGCUGCUAAAAAGGUGGUGGAAUUUGAGGGUGAUAGUGAAUUUGUUUACGUGAUGAUGUCGAAUAUUUACGCAUGUAAUGGCAAAUGGGAAGAUGUGGGUAAUAUUAGGAAGGUGAUGAAGCAGAGGAAUAUGAGGAAGGAAGCGGGGUAUAGUUGGAUUGAAAUCGAAGAUCCUGUUUCGCCGUUUUCGGUAAUGUGAAUUUAGAUGCAACUGUUUUUUUCGAGUUAUAUCGUCAAUUCAAGGUUUCGUUUCACGACGCGUUAUCA